UUAAGACCCGUCGCUGAAGCUGAAACAAUUUCUGGUCGAAGAUUAGCCGAUCAAUCAGAUUCAGAGCACAGACAGUGGGAAGAGAGACAGUAUCGGGAUCUUGUAUCGAAGCUUCUGUCCACUUCGGUUCCUUGAUUCAGACUUGAAGUUUAACAUCCACAUACAUAUAAAUCAACUGAAGAGCGUUACGGAUUCGCAUUGCGUUCUCGGAGCCGGCUUUGGACGAUGAGUUCGAGGUCGGAUUUGAUCGGAUGGCUGGAGUCUGUGCUCGGAGCGCCGGUCGGUUUCUAUUCGGUGUUGGUUGUGACGACUUCUGUUGCUGCGAUCGCGGGGUUCUUGUUCAUUCUGUGGAAGAGAUCGUCCGAUCGGGGAAAGGAGGCUAGCCCUUUUGUCGUUCCCAAGCCAUUCUCGGUUGAGGAGGCUGAGGAGGACGAUGGGGUCGAGGACGGUUCGGGGAAGACGAAGGUCACGGUGCUGUUUGGUACUCAGACUGGCACUGCCGAGGGGUUUGCCAAGUCUUUAGCAGAAGAGAUCAAAGCUAGAUAUGAGAAGGCAAAUGUGAGAGUUGUGGACUUGGAUGAUUAUGCUGCUAUGGAUGAUCAGUAUGAGCAGAAACUGAAGAAAGAAACUUUGACAUUUUUCAUGUUGGCAACUUAUGGAGAUGGAGAGCCAACUGACAAUGCUGCAAGAUUUUACAAAUGGUUGACUGAGGGAAAUGAAAGGGAAGCCUGGCUUCAACAUCUCACUUAUGGUAUCUUCGGUCUAGGUAACCGUCAAUAUGAACAUUUCAACAAGAUUGGGAAGGUGGUAGAUGAACAACUGAGCGAACAAGGUGCAAAGCGUCUUGUUCAAAUUGGUCUAGGGGAUGAUGAUCAAUGCAUCGAGGAUGAUUUUGCUGCUUGGCGAGAAACACUAUGGCCUGAACUGGAUCAAUUACUUAGAGAUGAGGAUGAUACAAACACCGUGGCUACUCCAUAUACAGCUACUAUUCCUGAAUAUCGAGUAGUGAUUCAUGAUCCUGCUACUACAUCUUAUGAGGACAAGUUCUUGUGGAUGGCCAAUGGGAAUGCUUCAUAUGAUGUUCACCAUCCUUGCAGAGUUAACGUUGCCGUUCAGAGAGAACUUCAUAAACCCGAGUCUGAUCGCUCUUGCAUUCAUCUGGAAUUUGAUAUAUCAGGCACUGGUGUUAUAUAUGAAACUGGAGAUCAUAUUGGUGUUUAUGCUGAGAAUAGUGAUGAAACUGUUGAAGAAGCAGCAAAGUUGUUGGGCCAACCUCUAGAUUUGCUAUUCUCUAUUCACACUGACAAAGAUGAUGGUACAUCUCUUGGAGGCUCAUUACCACCCCCUUUCCCUGGCCCUUGCAGCCUUCGCACUGCACUGGCACAUUAUGCAGACUUAUUGAAUCCUCCUCGGAAGGCUGCUUUAAUUGCUUUGGCUGCUCAUGCGGUUGAACCUAGUGAAGUGGAAAGGCUUAAAUUCUUGUCAUCGCCAGAGGGGAAAGAUGAUUACUCACAGUGGGUUGUUGCAAGUCAAAGAAGUCUUCUUGAGGUCUUGGCUGAGUUUCCUUCAGCAAAAGUUCCCAUUGGUGUAUUUUUUGCUGCGGUAGCCCCUCGCUUGCAGCCACGUUACUACUCUAUCUCAUCAUCCCCUAGAUUCGCUCCCAAUAGAGUUCAUGUGACCUGUGCAUUAGUUUAUGGUCAAAGUCCCACAGGCAGGAUUCAUAAAGGGGUGUGUUCAACCUGGAUGAAGAAUGCAGUUCCUCUAGAGAAAAGCCGUGACUGUAGCUCAGCUCCAAUUUUUAUCAGGACAUCUAAUUUUAAGUUACCAGCAAACCCUUUAAUUCCAAUUGUCAUGGUGGGACCUGGUACUGGCCUGGCACCUUUCAGAGGAUUUCUACAGGAAAGGGUGACCCUGAAGGAGGAGGGCGUGCAGCUUGGUACUGCUCUACUGUUCUUCGGAUGUAGAAAUCGCAGAAUGGACUUCAUUUAUGAGGAUGAGCUCAAUAAUUUUGUGGAUCAAGGGGUAAUAUCUGAGCUGCUUGUUGCUUUCUCAAGAGAGGGGCCAGAAAAGGUGUAUGUUCAACAUAAGAUGAAGGAAAAAGCAGCCCAAGUUUGGAGUAUUGUCUCCCAGGGUGGAUAUCUUUAUGUUUGUGGUGAUGCGAAGGGUAUGGCCAGAGAUGUCCAUCGCAUGCUGCAUGCCAUUGUUGAAGAGCAGGAAAAUGUGAGUUCAUCAGAAGCAGAGGCUAUCGUGAAGAAACUCCAGAUGGAAGGACGGUAUCUGAGGGACGUGUGGUGAUCAAAUUUGAAGCUGUGGCAUGCGGCAUGGCUCGAGGUGGAUUCGUUUCUAUCUUCUAUGGACCUUGCCCAGCCCAGCCCAGCCCUCCAGAAAGUUUGAAUGUAAACCAUCUUUUCUUGGACAUUUUAAAGAUCCAUUAGAUGUUUUGUUUGAUCUUUGGCUGGACGCUGAGAUAGUUUAUAAACCUGAUCUGUUACUCUACCUAUUCUCAAUUAUACAGAAUGAAAUUGUUGUAGUCAGUUGCAAUGA